ACGUCGUAUUUUCUUUUCCCCGUCUCUUUCUGGCUGGAUCGAUUCGAAAUAAACAAGAUCAGCGAGCCCAUUCUACCUUGUCGCUGUGGCCGCUGUAGGGUUUAGUGCUAGAUUGUACCCAAAGCAGUUCAAGGGAGAGGGUCCUCCCCCUCAUCGCAACUGGCAUUUACGGGAGCCCAAUCGUAUGUUAUUUAUUUAUUUAUAUGCCUAGCCACAUAUUUAUUGUUUCAAUUUCAUCUUUCCCGGAGCAACUGCAAGGUGUCUUUUCUGCCGUUUAAAAUACACCUGAACUGUGGACCCAGCUGCAAAGAUCGUCGAAGGUCAUGCACCCACAGCAUCUGUUAUCCAUGGCUGGUGCUUGACGGAAACCCAACUGCACAACAUCAGACUGCAUUAAACGUCUUAGCCCUUUGCCAUUUCACAUCCCUUUGCGUCUUUCAAAGCCAUGGCCAGCAAGAGGAAAUCCACCACCCCCUGCAUGAUCCCACUGAAAUCCAUGCACUUGCAAGAGGAGGUGGAGCCGGAGGGUGAUCCACCAGACUGUCUGUUGCAUCCAGGCAGGGACAGCAGCUCUCUCUCUGGGGAAGAGACAUGUGAACAGGAGGUAGUUGACCCCUCCAGGCCAGACAGGGGCAAUGCACUAGAGGAUUUAGGCACUUACAUCUGCCGCCCAUGUGGUUUUGAAUCCCAAGACUUAAAUCUCUUCCUGGACCAUGUCUACAGUGGACACCCUGACUUCCGGGCUGAGCCCAGCUUCUACUGCAUGGACUGCGGGGUGUCCACUCCAAAAUUCGAAGGACUGGCCCUGCACAACGCCCGAGCGCACCCGAGCACAGCGGCCACCACCCUGCAAGUCAGGAGGCGAGACCGGAGGAUCACAGUGGAGCAGAGCUUGGUUGUUGGUGAAGGGUCCAAGGAGUCUGAGAUCUCCAUCACCAAGACACCCAUCAUGAAGAUGCUCAAGGGCAAGUCUGAGCCCAAGAGAAUUGUUGUGUCCCAUACAGCAGAUGAGCCGACCUUGGACUCUGCCACCAACAGGGAGGCGGAGAAGAAAGACAUGCCUGCAGUGACACAUGUGCCCACCAUUGUCCACAACGGAGCACCCGGUAAGGUCACUGUCCCAUCAGCUAUACAGAUUGUGAAUAGCUCGGGAACACUGCCUGUGCUGAAGACAGCCAUCACGCAGGUUGUAUCCAUGGUACAGAACCGGACGCUUCAUCAGCAAGCCCCCAUCACAGCCUCCACGUCAACCUCCACCAGCAGUUCUAGAAACCUACCAAAGGUGAUGAUCCCUCUGAGCAGCAUCCCAACCUACAACGCUGCCAUGGAUACCAACAGCUUCCUCAAGACGUCCUUCAGCAAGUUCCCCUACCCCACCAAGGCUGAGCUCUGCUAUCUCACUGUGGUCACCAAGUACCCGGAGGAGCAGAUUAAGAUCUGGUUCACAGCGCAGCGGCUCAAGCAGGGCAUCAGCUGGUCACCGGAGGAGAUUGAAGACGCUCGCAGGAAGAUGUUCAACACCAUCAUACAGACGGCUCCCCCCACGCCUCAGCAGCAGCAGCGUCACAGCCAUCACAACCCCUCCCAACACACCAUCACUGUUCUGCCUGCCUCCCUGGGCCCCAGCGGCAUCCCACAAAUACUUCAGGGCAGUCUGGUGGGUCAGGGAGGGGUGAUCGUCACCCAACCAGUGAUGGCAAACGGGAUUCAAGUCAGCAGUGCCCCCGUUGCCUUGGCGGUCACCCCAAAGCCCCAAGCAGCAGCUAAGCCUCUGAUGCAAGCCAGGCCCGCCGCUGCUCUGGUUGCUGACAAGGGCGCCAGCAUGGUUGUGAGUACAGUUGGAAGCAGUAGCAGUGGCAGCACUGUCAUUACAAGCAGCUCUGCCAGCAGUGUCAUUAGCAGUAACAGCAUCACCAGAAACACCAGUGUUAUUAGCAUUAGCGGAGGCAGCAGCAGCAACAACUUCAACAACAAUUGUAACAACAACAGCAAAAGCAAUAGCAGUGGCAACAUUAACAGCAGCACUAAUAACAGCAGCACCAGCAGUACAAGCAACAACAGUAGCAGUAGCAACAGCAGCAGCAGCAGCAGCAUCAGUAACAGCAACAGCAGCAUUAGCAUCAGCAACAGCAGCAGCAGCAGCAUCAGCAAGGUCACUGACUUGCAGCCACCAGCCCUUGGCGUUAGCCACAGCUCUCGGACGCUCCCCAACAGUUUCUUGGACCCCAGUUUCUACAAGAACAAGAAGUCACAGGAGCAGCUGAGCGCCCUCAAGCAGAGCUUCAUCCGUUGCCAGUUCCCCGGGCAGGAGGAGGUUGAGAGGCUCACCAAGAUCACUGGACUUACCGUGCGCGAAGUGCGCAAGUGGUUCAGUGACCGACGCUACCACUACCGGAACCUGAAGGGCUCACGCUCUGGCGUAGGUGGCCUUUUCAGUGGGAACUCUUUGCUUGACCUUGCUGACAGCCCUAGCUCCUCCGAAAGCUCCAAACCCAAUCAGGCUGCACAAAGCCCUCCACGGCAACAGCAGCAGCAGAUGUCCCCGCCUACGCCCUCCCGUCGAGCUCCACGGCAACAGACCCCAGAUUUCACCGCCAUCCGUUACAAGGAACGAGACCCUCAGCAGGUGCGUGCCCUGGAGGCCAGCUUUGUCCAGGACCCCUCGCCCUCUGAGGACGAGGUGGGCCGGCUGCGCGCCGAGACAAAGAUGACCCGACGCGAGAUCGACGGCUGGUUUUCGGAGCGCCGGAAAAAGGCGGCAGCCGAGAAAAAGAAGGAAGAGGCGGAGAAGGCAGAGGAAGACGACCUCGUCGAGAAGGAUGUAGAGGAAAAACACAGUGUGGAGGAUCCUUCACAGACAUCAUCACAGCAAGACAUCAAGGAUGAGAAACACAAGGAUGAGGCCUCCUGCACCACACCUAAAGUCAGCCCCAUAAAAAUUAACCUGAAGAUGCUCAAGGUGACAGAGUCCAAUGGAAAGACUGAAUCUGAGAGCACCCAGCCAGCACAGGUGGAGAGCCCAAUUACUCCACCUCCAUCCACCUCCUCCAGCCAGGAAAAGAACUCACCCGACCCAUUCCAUCUGCUCAAGAAGUUUUUUGUACGUGCCCGCUGGCCCACCAGCGCCCAGCAUGAUGAUCUGGCUGCCAAAACCGGGCUGCCACGGGCAGAGGUGGUGCGCUGGUUUGGGGAUGCCCGCUAUGGCCACAAGAACGGGCAGCUCAAGUGGCUGGAGAGCUACCAGCAGAUGGGAGAGGAGAGGGAGGACCACAAAAAGGAUGAAACCAAGGUACUGAAGGCUCACCUGUCUCUCCACGGGAAGCUGGACGAGGAGCACGUGAAGGGGCUGGUGGAGUCCAGCGGGCUGAGCGAGGAGCAGGUCCGCCGGUGGUUUGCCACACAAGUGCCCUCGCUGCUGGAGAGCGAGGUGGCAGCAACAGCAGAGCCAGUACCGCAGGACCAAAGGGUUGUGAAGGAGCAGCAGAAUGAACGAACAGCUGAUGCUGCGGUCUUGAACAAUGACUGUACGCUGGCCACCAGUUCCCAGUCUGUGAAUCCCAAGCAAGGGACAGAUUGAGGAGUAGACUGUGGCAGAAGGAUGAGAUCUGGGAUUAGAAGAUGGCUUUUUUUUUGGGAGCAUUCAAAAUGACAUCAGAUGUGACUGUAACAGUAUCACUGGAGACAGACUUCCCAAAGAUAAUCCCUAGCCCCUUCUCAAGUCUCUUUGUGAAAGAGUACCAACAGGGCAUCUGUCUCAGCAACUGUUAGGAGACACCUAGCCCACCUCCUCCUGCACGGCCGGCCACUCAACCGCAGAGAAAGUUCUUGAUGGGGAGAGGGAGGGGCAACUGCCAACGUGGAGCACAAAAAUGGGAUGGAUAUUGACCAAGUCAAUCCAACGGAGAGAACUGUGGCAUUGCAGAAAGAACAGUUUGCCAGGAAACUGGAGUAUAUGAUAGGAAUAACAGAGUGGAGGGGUUUUGUUCACGACUGACACAAAGUAUGUCUUGGAUACGUUUAUUGUAUUUUACAUUUUUAGCAACCAGUACUUCAGCACAGCUGUACUCUUAUCUUGGAUUUUUGAAGUUAAAAAAAUCGUCAGUUUUGCCAGAUUUGAAACUUAACAAGGCUUGUUUCCAUUUUUACAGAUCUCACUAUUUGCAGAAUAAAAUGACAUGAACUGA